AUGUCCAAGCUUGUUCAUCAAUGGAACUCCCUUACAGAUAAACAAGUCAUGAAGUUAAGAGAAGAGAUCAGCAACUCAGUAGGCAUCAAAAAGCUCAUAUCAGAAGACGAUGAUCAUGUAGUAGACUUAAUCUGCACUGAAAUGCUACACAACUUAGAAAACAUUGCAAAAGUUGUAACAAGACUCUCAAAGAAAUGCAAAGACCCCCUUCUAAUUUGCUUUGAACGCGCAUACGAUGAUUUGAUCAAACAUGGUGUCGAUCAAUACCAAUGGCAAGUUUCUUGGAAGAAGAUGAACACAAAAGUGAAAAAGAUGGAAACUUUCAUCAUGGUUAAUGCAAAUCUAUAUCAAGAAAUGGAGACCCUAACUGAGCUUGAACAAAUGUUGAAGAGAAUGAAGAACAACGAUGAUCAUGACACCAUAAUUGUAGCUGAAUACACAAAGAAGGUGACAUUGAAGCAGAAACAAGUGAGGCGAUUGAAAGAGAUCUCAUUAUGGAACAGGACAUAUGACUAUGUUGUCCUCCUUCUUGCAAGAUCUAUUUUCACCAUUUUUGCUAGAAUUGGACAUGUAUUUGGAAUCACUCAUGUCUUACCUCAAAUUGAAGAAAGUAUGGUGAUAGAUUCUUCACGCAAACAAUCCGUAUCUGGGUUUCUUGAAUCUUCAGUUACAAUGUUCAAUUCAGGUCCCUUGGGUAACAUUAAUGCCAAAUCCGGCUCGAUUUCGAAAUUCUACUCGGGCCCACUUGGUAAACAAAGAAACACAAGUUAUUUUUCGGGAACAAUCGCGAAUCCAACAACAUCAAAAUCAGGUCCUUUGACUCGAGCUGCUAAAUCCGGGCUAAAAUGGUGGAAUAAUUCAUCAAAGAUCCAUGGAAAAAGCAUUACCCCUAAUUUUUCAAGUACUAACACAAAAACCCACAAUCAAGUCUCAAGAUUUUCUAGCAAAAAACAAAAACCCCAAAUUACCCCUCCUCCUCCAGAAACCCUUGGUGCUGUUGCUUUAGCUUUACACUAUGCGAAUGUGAUCAUAGUACUUGAGAAGUUAGUAGCAUCACCUCAUUUGAUUGGGCAUGAUGCAAGAGAUGAUUUAUACAACAUGUUGCCUAAAACUGUGAGAAAUGGUUUAAGGGGAAGGUUAAAACCAUAUGCAAAAAGUAUGGGUUCUUGUGUUUAUGAUAAUGAUCUUGCAGAAGAAUGGAGUGAGGCUAUGUUGGGAAUUUUGGAUUGGUUAUCACCACUUGCUCAUAAUAUGAUAAGAUGGCAAAGUGAAAGAAGUUUUGAGCAUCAAAAUUUGCUUUCUAGAACGAAUGUUCUUUUAGUGCAAACUGUUUACUAUGCAAAUCAAGAAAAGAUUGAAGCUAUGAUUGUUGAGCUUUUGGUGGGGCUUAAUUAUAUAUGGAGGUUUAGUAGGGAAGUUAAUGCAAAAAGUUUGGAGUGUGAGAAUGGUGUUGAUGACUGA